GCAACCCCAGCGACCUGAGACAGGGACACAAGCCAAGAGCUCGAGCCUUACGUUUGUACAAGAGUAUACCUAGGAGGAUUGAACCCUAUCGAGCGAUUGACGGGCGAACAUGGUUCAGUUAGCAGCAACGGUGGCCUUGUUUUCCGCCACAGCCUCGGCGUUUGUCGUUCAACCUUCAUGCUGGACUGCACCAACGCAGCAGCACAGAGCACCACCACGGCCAGCAGCGGCAAGGCGGGCGGCUUCGUCGUCGUCUCUCGCGCCUUCGAUGCUCGCCGCCCGUGCUGCUGUCGCCUCCUCUCCCUCGUCGCUGCGUUCCUCCUCUCUGACCAUAAUGAUGAUGAGCACAGCCGAGGUCGUCGAAGCGUCGGUCGUUGGCGAGGAGUUCGAGGUCAAGACUGACCUCCUCAAGCAGAUCGACCUGUCCUCCUCCAAGCAGAUGAGGACGGAGGUGAACGAGCUGAUGCUCAAGCUCGAGCCUAUGAACCCCACCGACAAGCCGGCUGCGUCUGCCAUCCUCAACGGGGUGUGGGAAUUUCUUUACACGGGGGGGUUGAGCCCCGGAACGCUCGCCGUACAGGUUCUUUCGAGGGUGGCCAAGACCUUCUCAGCUGUGGUGGACCUCAAGGGCGUCACGCUCACCAUCAACAGGGAUCAGCCAAGGGUAGAGGCUGCCGUCAAGGCAUCCGUCUUCGGGACCGAGGCCCAGGUUAAGGUCCGAACAAGGUUGGAGCAGAAGAGCGACAUGCGGCUGCAGGAGGUGUACGAGGAGGCAGAAGUGGCGGGGGUCACCAUCCCCAUCCCUGCCAGGAUACAGGCAUGUGGUUGUCCCCGGAGGACGUUGUACAUCACCUACUUGGACGACGACAUCAUGAUCGCGAGAGACGACACCGGUGCACCUGACCUGCUUGUCCGCAAGCAGAAGGACUUCCGGUUCAACACUGGCACACCUUCGACAUCGGAGGAGGACGAUUCUUCGCCAGGGUCCGGCUAACUAGGCCGGAACGACCCAAGAAGCUUUUCCACCCGCCCCCCAAAAAAAUCGUACCGCGCCACUACAAAAAAGCGUGUAGAUAUUUUUUGUAAGGCACCCCAAACGUUUUCGUGAGCGAAGCAGGAGUGUGUGGUGGUGAGGAAAGCGGCGUGCGUUAGAUUGGUGACCUCUCGAGAGAGACCGUUUCCCGUUCAGCAGCAGACCUCACGGAGACCACCGUUUUGGUUUUUUCUUGCAUGCCAGCUAUUCGCAAGUAGCCGCAGCAGAAGUUGUUCGACGGUGAAGGCAUGCGCCGCGCUGGACUUGGAAUCGUGAUGUUCCGGGCGACCAUCACGACAAGGAUUGACGCUCACACGAUGCCUCUUGUUGGCGGGUGGAGCGAUCGUUUUCGCUGUUUUUGCCUUUUUUUUUUUUUUCCUUGGGUCACGCUUUCGUGUUGUUGGGUUGGGUGAAGCUGGUCUGUCAGACUGUCAGACAAGAAAGAGAACGAGAGGCCGACAUAGGGAAAGGACAGUGUGCUGCCACACACCCGCGUGUCCGCAUGUAAAGCAGUAUAUAUGGCACUCAAACUCCCGCGUUGGGGGAAGGAAAAAAAGGAAAAAAAAAGAGGAAGGCGACGCACUCUUUGCUUGCGGCGUGAUUGACGUCCUCACGUUAUCCCUGCCCGUGGUGCAGUGGUUUGCAGUGGCAGCACGUGAUGUUUUCGACGCUAUAUGGCAUGGGAUGAAGGCAUUAGUAACACCGAACAGGAUGGAGGGGUGAAAUGACAACUCGAUUCGGCCAUAGACGACACCAGCCAAGACAAAACGUAAGGUCCACGCACAACCAUCUCGUCCAACAAUCCUUCCGCACAAAGGUACGCGUUUCUCGGGGUAGGGGUGGGUGUUCCGAAAUCUGACAGUACAAUUAAACGCCCUUUCUCCAGGCGCAUCUUCCUGCCCGUCAAUCACAGCGCAAACAAGACUCUUCGCAGACACGGGUGCGGGUGUCAGGCUUCGCGUACGCGAGCCAACAUGCACAAGGUUAAUACACAAACACAUAACCUCUCCCUGGGUAUCAAAAUGACAAGUGAUGUAGUUGAACACACAUACAGUCCUCCCCCUCCUGUGCAGCGGUACUUGUGCGUUUGCCCAGUGCGCUCGCAUGAGCGCCAACAAGGAGGAGGUAUUGUCUGCUGAUCAAAGCUCACCCCCAAGCCGCCACAGGUCAUACGCUGCCAAGGCUACAGUGCCCCCGCAAGCGCCCCUGCAUCCUACAAAAAACAAACCGCACUGCUACUGCUGCUGUGUAGCAGCUCAGGUAACAUUUCACAUAAAAAAAAAACACACAC